CGCGCGCGCGCCGCCAAACCCCGCCCCGCGGCGCCGCGCACGCCGGACCCGGCCUCUCCCGCGCGCAGAGCCAGGGCGGGGCGGGUGGACUACGGCCCGGAACCGAGCCGCGAAGCCCCUCCCGCCCCCUCUGUGCUGGGUUCCGGGGACGCCAUGGAACCCCGAGCGGUUGCGGAUGCCGUGGAGACGGGGGAGGAGGACGUGAUCGUGGAGGCUCUGCGCACGUACAACCGGGAGAACUCCCAGAGUUUCACGUUUGAUACUGCCCAACAGGAGGACAGAAAGAGACUGGCGGAGCUGCUGGUUUCGGUCCUGGAGCAGAGUUUGCCGCCCUCCUGCCGUGUCACCUGGCUGCAGAGCAUCCGCAUCCUGUCCAGGGACCGUGGCUGUCUAGACAUCUUCACCAGCCGUCAGAGUCUGCAAGCCCUUGCUUGCUAUGCCGGCAUCUCCGCUGCCAGGGGGUCGUUCCCUGAGCCCCUGGACAUGGACGUGGUACUUGAGUCCCUCAAGUGCCUAUGCAAUGUCGUGCUCAGCAGCCCCAGGGCACAGGUGCUGGCUGCGGAGGCCCGCCUGGUGGUGAGGCUGGCUGAGCGCGUGGGGCUGCACUGCCAGGGCAGUUUCCCCCACGAAGUCCAGCUCUUCGACUUGCGCCUGCUGUUCCUGCUUACAGCGCUCCGCACAGACGUGCGCCAGCAGCUGUUCCAGGAGCUGCAGGGCGUGCACCUGCUGACUGGUGCGCUGCAGGAGACACUGGCAGUGGCCCCGGGACAGAGCCCUCCUGAGAUCCUCCCGCCCCAGGAGACUGAGCGGGCCAUGGAGAUCCUCAAGGUUCUCUUCAACAUCACUUUCGACUCUGUCAAGAGAGAAGUGGACGAGGAAGACGCUGCCCUCUAUCGGCGCCUGGGGACGCUCCUGCGGCACUGUGUGAUGGUCCCCGCUGCUGGAGACCGCACAGAGGAGUUCCAUGGCCACACAGUGAACCUGCUGGGGAACUUGCCCCUCAAGUGUCUGGACGUGCUCCUGAGCCUGGAGCCGCACGAGGGCUCCGUGCAGGUCCUGGGAGUGAGCAUGGAUGCGGUCAGCACCCUCCUCAGCUUCCUGGAGAAGCGUCUGCACCAGACGCACAGGCUGAAGGAGAGCGUGGCCCCGGUGCUGAGCGUGCUGACCGAGUGUGCCCGCUUGCACCGCCCCGCCAGGAAAUUCCUGAAGGCCCAGGUGCUGCCCCCGCUGAGGGACGUGAAGACCCGGCCCGAGGUGGGGGAGCAGCUGCGGAACAAGCUCGUCCGCCUCAUGACGCACCUGGACACGGACGUGAAGAGGGUGGCCGCGGAGUUCCUGUUCGUCCUGUGCUCCGAGAGCGUGCCCCGCUUCGUCAAGUACACGGGCUACGGGAACGCGGCCGGCCUCCUGGCCGCCCGGGGCCUCAUGGCGGGGGGCCGGCCCGAGGGCCAGUACUCGGAGGACGAGGACACAGACACUGAGGAGUACAAGGAGGCCAAGGCCAGCAUAAACCCGGUGACCGGGAGGGUGGAGGAGAAGCUGCCCAACCCCAUGGAGGGCAUGACGGAGGAGCAGAAGGAGCACGAGGCUAUGAAGCUGGUGAACAUGUUUGACAAGCUCUCCAGGCACAGAGUCAUCCAGCCCAUGGGGGUGAGUCCCCGGGGCCAUCUCACCUCCCUGCGGGACGCCAUGUGCGAGAGCAUGGAGGGCCAGCUCUCCUCCGACCCCGACUCGGACCCCGACUGAGGACGCCACACUGCGCCCCCAUCAGAACCAGUGCAGCUUCCAGAGAUGUCCUCGGGGUCCCUUUCUCCUCACUCCCCAAGUUGUGUCCCUGACCUGUCUCUGGCCCCCUUCCCGGCCGCUGGGACUGGGAAAGGGUUGUGCUGUUGGCACUGGGGAAGCCCGGCCGAUUGCCUCCCACCCAGCGCUUUCUCUCGCGAGCCAGGAGGCUGGGCGUCGGGGAAGCGGGCUGCUCGCUGGCCCAGGGCCCGGAAGUUGGCGGGGCCUCCAGUGCAAAGGGGGAAGAACCCGCUGGACCCACCUGCUGACGGGAGGUGCGCCGUCUGCCCACCAGGCGCAGCCCACGGGCUCCGUCUGCCUUCUUGGUCCUGGCCCAGCCGCCUGCUGUGCCGUCCAUAGUCCCGAGCCCCCCCCACCCACGCUGGUUGUGGCCGUGGCACCUCGGUCUUCCCCACUGGCGUGGGUCGUAAAUACAUAAGGAAAACACUGCUGGUGAGGCUGGGUCUGCGUCUCUGUCGGGUGCCACAGAAGCAUCGUCCUGGGAGUGUCUCGGGGAGAACGUGUGUGU